AUGGUCAAAUUGCAACUGUUAAUCGUCCCAAAUGUGACGGGUUACGUGCAUAUUCAGACCAACCCAAAGCUGUCUUACUCAACUGAUGGCACAAUGAGUGAUGCUCACAGAAUCGUCAACAUCUUCAAGGCGCUGGCACCCGAAUUUGACACAAAGAGGGUGUGCAUUAAAAUUCCUGCCACUUGGGAAGGCCUUCAAGCGUGUCGUGCACUUGAAGUUGAAGGAAUCGCUACACUUGCUACCACCAUGUUUUGCAUGGAACAAGCGACAUUGGCUGCAGAUGCACAGUGCACUUACAUUGCACCCUAUGUUAACGAGCUCAAGGUUCAUUUUGAAGCAGGAUACGUUGAUGAGCAUAAAGCCUUUGACUUUUGUCGUGAAGCGCAGACCUACUACAUCAACCAUUCGUGCCGCACGCAAGUACUAGCUGCGUCGCUCACGUCGGUCGAUGAAGUUAUGCAGCUUGCAGGCAUCCAACAUAUUACAAUCUCCCCAAAUCUGCUCAACGGACUUGCUUCCACCAAGCUGUCGGACUGGGAUGGAAAACUCGGGGAUUACUUUGCGCAAGGUCCCGCAAACAAGAGCUGGGAGACAAGAGACUACAAUGCUCUGACCAAAAAUGAAAGCGCGUGGAGAAUGGCUUUCACCAGAAGCGGCUUUGGCACAAGUGAAGGUAAGAUCAUCCAGGCUAUCAAUUACUUUGCCGAUUGCCAGGAGAAACUGGAGGAUUUGGUGCGACAGUAUGCGAAAUGA